AUGCCAGCCAGACACAGGGACACCACCAGCUCAGGACGCGAGAACCACAGGAUGAAGGGCACAGGCGCAGGACUACCUGAACACAUCCAAACCAACAAUGCGGCGGGAGGACCAACACCUUCUCAGACACUCGUCUUCCUGACCUUUGCUCAGUAA